CAACCAAAGAAGUAAUUUACAAUGGCAUCAAAAUACAUCACAUUCUGCGCCGCAGUAUAUUUCAUUCAGUCUGUAGCCGGACAAAGUAUCUACACGCCUAACUGCGAAUGCCGCUCUAUCACGAUAUCCGACAACGGUGGCCCUCUGGCGAUUACUAGCAUCGGCCCCAUCGCGCCGUCCGGCAUCGCCGUCGCCACGGACUUAGGCCUCGCUGGGGACCUGGACCUGUCCGGCGCGCUGCCAUACCUGAGCGCUGUCGCGUUCGAGGGCCAGUUCAACACCAACGGCACCGCGCCGGUGUCGUACGGGUGCGGGGACUGCGUCGCCAUCACGCAAGAGGUCGGCAACCCGAGUGGCGUAAACGCAGGCGUCUCGUCUGGCUAUAGCACUGGUACAAUUAACACCUGUGGCAGACGUUCUUAAGAUAAAAUCCCAGUUUAAUUUAAUAAUAAAUAUUUAGAAUUAUA